CUGAUGGGUUGUGUUGAUUGAGGAUGCAAGGCGCCAUCAAAACUCGUGGCGUUUUGACAUUUGGAAAAACACAAUCGGAAGAGGAGGCAUGCAAGAAAGAUGUUGGCCGAGCCUUUACAGGAUGGGUGCAGCGAACUUACCAGAGCACCCACGCGGCGGCGGCCGCCCCCCAGACUACCUGUGCUGUUGCUGAUGACAAUAACAAGGCCCCCGAACCUCUUCCCGAAGAUUGCCCCGUCUGCUCAUACAACGAAUGGGACCCUCUGGAGGAAGUGAUUGUGGGAAGAGCCGAGAACGCCUGUGUCCCUCCUUUCUCUGUUGAGGUCAAGGCCAAUACCUACGAGAAGUACUGGAGUUUUUAUCAGAAACACGGAGGUCAGAGCUUCCCAAAGGAGCACGUAAAGAAAGCGAUUGAGGAGAUCGAAGAGAUGUGCCAUAUUCUGGAAAUGGAAGGAGUGGUGGUGAAGAGGCCAGAGCCCCUGGAUUGGUCCAUGAAAUAUAAAACACCGGACUUCGAGUCCACCGGUAUGUAUGCAGCCAUGCCAAGAGACAUUUUGCUGGUCGUCGGGAAUGAAAUAAUUGAAGCCCCAAUGGCUUGGCGUGCCCGCUUCUUUGAAUACAGAGCCUAUAGGCCAAUCAUUAAGGAGUAUUUUCGCCGUGGUGCCAAAUGGACAACAGCGCCAAAGCCCACAAUGGCCGAUGAGCUUUACGACCAGGAUUAUCCCAUCCGCACGGUCGAAGACCGGCACAAGCUGGCCGCCCAGGGCAAAUUCGUCACCACCGAAUAUGAGCCGUGUUUUGAUGCUGCUGACUUCAUCAGGGCAGGAAGAGACAUCUUUGUACAAAGGAGCCAGGUGACAAACUUCAUGGGCAUUGAAUGGAUGCGUAGGCACCUUGCGCCAGAGUACCGGGUGCACACCAUCUCUUUCAAAGACCCGAAUCCAAUGCACAUCGAUGCCACGUUUAACGUCAUUGGACCUGGUCUCGUACUUUCCAACCCAGACCGCCCUUGCAAUGAGAUUGAUCUCUUCAAGAAGGCAGGAUGGACCGUCGUUCACCCACCGCUGCCACUCAUCCCGGACACCCACCCACUCUGGAUGUCGUCUAAAUGGUUGUCCAUGAACGUCCUGAUGCUGGAUGAGAAACGGGUGAUGGUGGACGCCAACGAAACUCCAAUCCAGAAGCUGUUCGAAAGUCUAGGCAUUUCGACCAUCAAGGUCAACAUCCGUCAUGCCAAUUCCUUAGGAGGGGGCUUCCACUGCUGGACGUGUGACAUCCGCCGCCGAGGCACCCUGAAAUCUUACUUCGAUUAAAUCAGAGGGGCUGGUUUCCACCUCCGUGUGGCCCAGUUUGCAUGUCAUGUAGAUAUCGGUUCACCACCAUCACGGAGAGGUUCUGCUUAAAAGGGAAUGGGACUGCAUGGGCUGUAGUGAGUGGAACAAGGCUCCCUUUCCACACCCUCUAAAGUCCCUCCCAAGAGCCUUCUCACAUGUGUCGCCACAGAGCGUGCGAUCGGCGGGGAGCUGUGGCUGACCACGGUUUCCCAGAUGAGUGCACCUGGAUGAGGAGUGCGUUUUCUUGGGUUGCAACCACAUAAGAAAGAAAGAAAUAACAGCCCCACCUCAGAGGCUGCUCCUUGGCUUCCCUGCCCUGCUUCCUCCAGGCGCUUCCUCCCGAGUAGAGAAGGCAGGCCUGGGAACCCCCAAACACCCGUUGGGCUGGAAAACAAACUAGCAUGAACCAGCAAUUCAUGCCCAUAUCUCGUGGUAACCAUUGUUCACUGCAUCCUAUGCAAAAUUAUUCAGAAGCACAUAUUUAUUCAAUGUGUUUUGCUCUCAGGGAAGCAUCCAUAGGAGAGGCAGCAGCCUUAAUCUCAAAAUCCAUUCGUCUUUAAAUGCUCUUUUUAAAUCAGCGGUCGACUUCCAUAAAAAGGUUCUCAUGCUGGGAAUAUUUUACCAGGUGGAUCCAGAUGAAGGGUGUGAACAGACAGCAAAAAAAGGAUCCUUGUCUGAUUGCACCAGAAAGGGCUGCUUUAAUGGGAGUGACAUGCAGGCAGGGCGCUCGGUUUCAUCCAGUUCUCUGCAAACGUACCCCACUCCAUAAGCAUCUUACUGUACCUGUCCAUCACUCCUGCCUAGUCCCCAAAGUCGUAGCUCUACAGCUGGACCAAACAGGCCCAGUUUGAGCAUGGACUGAGGCUGGGCUGGAGGAUGAUGGCCUCUUAUGUCUUGUGAUCGCCAGGAAAUAGCUUGUACCCAACAAGCAGUCCAAAAGAUGAGCGACAGGCCUGUAGGACCACACCCUAAAUUUCCACUGAAAUUAAUGGGGUUUAAGUCCUAAUCACUUCAUCUGGAAGAAGAGGAAGCUCAUAGACAGAGUCAUGGAGCACCAUACCCUGAAAUUUAGCCUAUGUCUGGGCGAGAGCGUUUAAAUACUGUAUUUGGAUGACAUACACGUGCCAGAACCCUUCAUCACUAAGCAGCCUAACCUGUGUGGUUGGGUCAUGCAGGUGAGCUUCAGGAUUCCAGCCGUUGGCCUCUCUGGAAGAGAGAUUUCCAAAAUCUGGUCCAUUCCCUUUCUGUAUGGGUUUUGCAACCUUAAAACACCCCAGGUGUACCUCUGAACGGCGUCAUGUGCGAAAGGGCUCUUAGCUAAAUUUGUCCAAAGUUGCAACUCGGUCAUCAGCAGUAAGCACAGGUCUUGUGGGUGGCUGGCUGGCUUUUUGAAAAGACUUCCUUCACAUCUGGAAACCCUUUUAUUUACCUUCCUUCUCAGGACGUACGAAACUUGACGCUUCUCCCUGGGGCUCCUCAAGAGUUCCACGGCGGGUAACAUUACACGUCUACCUCUGUAUGAAAUUCUAUCAAAAAGGCAGCUAGAAACAUGAGACCUGAGUUUACAUCUACCCUUUCUUUCCACUUGGUAAUUUGUGUUUGUGUUUAUGUUGUUGGAUGUAUACACCGCACCUCUUAAAUUUUCAGAGCAUGACUUAGAAGGCAUAAAUCUUACAUGGACCCAAUUUUUUUU